AUGACGACUACUGAACACAAUUAUAAUUCAACCCAAGUUGAAACUAAAUUAGAUGAAAGUACAUUACCAGAUAAAUUAAAAGGAACUACAAAUUUGGUCAUCUUAGAUGAUUCCACAUUCACAGAUAGCCUUGAUAACCUCUUGAUUCCUCCUGUUCCCACUGAAGGUCAAAUCCUCUACCAUAAUAAACCAUCUGCGUCAUAUGAAGAAUCACUGCAAUUGUUUUUCGAUAAUGCUCAUAAGUUUAAUAAUCCAGAUUCUCCACUUGUCAUCACUUUACAAUUCAAACUCGGUAGUAAUGAUGAUGGAAAGUCAAUGAAUGAUUUGAUUCUGAAAGCAAAUAUCAUUAAUAUGAUGGGAAACUUUAAAUUCAAACUCUACAUUUUUAAAAUCGUUAUUGAUAAACAACCUGAUAAGUUUAAAUUACCACCAGUAGAAGAUUUGACGCCAUUGAAAAGAAAUGAAGAUGUUGCGAUGUAUAACAAAUUAGAAGUGGACUAUAAAGAACGUCAUAGUUGUCAGCCAAAAAUUUCAAUUCUGUGGUUAGGUCCAGAAAUUCAAGAAUUACAUUUAGGUCAAAAGGUAAGAUUAGAUGUAUUUAUUAAAAGAGAUUAUCCAACUAAAUUUCCUAAUUUGGAAACGGUUGGUUUUGAAUCUUAUUAUGCUGGUACGGUAUGGACUAUGGGUGAACUUGUUAAAUCCAAUGGAAGUUUAAUUAAGACCAUAACUUUGGGUUCCAUGAGAUCAGUAUUAUUAGAGAAUUUACCUGUAUUACAAAAAUGUACAGUAAGAGGAUACGAAUUACGUCAUUAUCGUAGAAUGAUGGAGCUUAUGCGUUCAUCUGAAGUAAUUCAUUAUUACGGAGAAAAGUUUGAUUACUUUGAUCAUCAAUGUCGUAUGUAUAGAAAGAAACAUCCUGAUUUAGAUUUCUAUUAUCUGUUUAAUAUCGAUGAAAAACCUACCAGAAUUCCUUCACCAUGUGAAGAUGGAGAUCCUAUACCAAGAACGUUUGGAACUGAGUUUCCAUAUUGGGAUGAAGAGAUUCCAGCACCUUUCUUACCUCCUGGUAUGAUUUGUUAUCUUAAUGGUGCUAGACCUUAA